AUGCAUGCUCUGUCCAUGAUUCACUUUCCUGGAUAUUCUAUCUUUCAUACCCACACAGAAGCUCUCCUGCUGUCAUCAUUCCCUGAGAUUUUCGACACCAAAGUCGAGCCCACUGUCGACCCUACUGGUCCUAGUAUCAAGCCUAUAGCCAAGAACCCUAUCCAAUUUGCAAACCGCCCUCCACCUAGUACCUUCCAAGUACUCAUGUCUGAGAAACGCGCGCUUCCAUGGCUAAACUCACCUCCCGAUGGGUUCUUAAAAAGAGACCAACGCACUAAAAGUGAAACCAUGUAUAUGAUUAGACACGGUAUCUGCGGAACCAAGGAUGUUCCCAAAAUAUCAUUUGAAGUUGUUGGGUCGACUGGCAACAUCUACAGAACCAUCAUUGACGAAGUGCCUACCUGUGACUGUCCGGACGUCAAAUUCCGAAAGGUGCAGUGCAAGCACAUAUGCUUUGUCCUAUCCGCGAUGGAUGUCCCUGUGGAAUUGAGGUACCAGAAGUCAUUUUUGCCAUCUGAGCUACGCAAGAUGCUUGCUACGCUAUCCUCGAAGCGAAAACUGGAUACGACUUCCCUUGCUUCCACCAGAGACAGGAAACCAGUCGAGGGCGAAUGCCCAAUCUGUUUCAGCGACUUCAAGCCCAACCAGAAAACUACUUGGUGUAAGGACUGCGGCAGUAAUUUUCAUCAGGCCUGCUUUGAGAAAUGGAGGGCCGCUAUGCAGGCGUCCAACGAUGUUGUCCGUUGUCUCUACUGCAAAGUCCCCUGGAAGGGCGAUGAACACGAAACUCCCCGCCCCACCGGAAAGGCCGUUGGAACCGAGGAACGUCGUAGUAAACUGAAAUAUCCGAACGUGGGCGACAACUAG